GCCCGGAAAGAGCUUCAACCUUGAUGCGCUGUACGACGAAACCGACAACAGCCGGACCAUUUUCGGCAAAGAGAUCGAACGACGCCUCUCAUCACUCAGUGAUGGCUACAGCCUGACGGUCCUGGUUUACGGUGCUUCCGGCAGCGGAAAAACCUACCUCAUGCAGGGAGAUGGCGAUGACGUUCCAGGGGUGGUAUCCCUCUGCGCAGCCUGGAUCGCAGCCAAUCAGCUGGAGCGCGAAGGAUACCAGGUGUCCUUCUCCUAUUCCGAGCUGUACGGGAACAAGGUCUUUGACCUGCUUCAUCCCCAGCAGCUCGAAAUCAUGGAAGACUCGGAUCACGUUUUCCAAAUUCCUGGUCUGCAUGAGGAAGAGUUCGGCUCGCUGGAUUCGUUCCUCGCGGCGUUUUCAAGAGCCAAGGGGAGGCGUCACCUCGCGGCGACGGAGGUCAACGCCGUCUCCAGCCGCUCGCACGCCAUUCUCCAGUUCAACGUAUCGCGGGACGACAACCCUGGCAUUGUCGGCCGCCUCAAGCUUGUGGACCUGGCAGGUCGCGAGCAGAACAAGGAGACGGGUAACACAGGCCAGAGGAUGACAGAGAGUUGCGACAUUAACCUGUCGCUCUCGGCGCUCAGUCGAGUUAUAGAGCAGCUCAAUGACCCCGGUGCGAAGCACGUGUCGUACCGCGGAAGCAACCUCACCAAGGUCCUGCAGGACUCCCUUGGAGGCAGCAGCCGAGGAGUCAUGAUCGCCUGCCUGGCUCCGAAUGAUGACAAGCUGGCGAUGGCGGUCCUGGAGGUAGCGGCGCAGUCUCGCCUGAUCCGCAACAACGUCACCAAGACCGUGCUGCCCGCUACCCCGAAGCAGACCGUGGCGGACCGGCGCUCCCAGCUCUCCGCGUUCAAGGCGAAGAAGGCCGCCAGCAAAGCAAUCGUCCCGAGCAGCGCUGCUGGGCCGUCUUCUUUCAGUGCUCAAAAGGGUUACAUCCCUUAUCCUGCUCGAGUUCCACGAGAGCAACAAGUGGCUGGGGAACUUCACCGCAUCCUGGACCCCACUCGCUUCAAGAGAAGCCCCAUCAGAGCGACUUCCGCUGCCAACUCCACGCCCAGCCUCAUCCCCCGGCCCCGCUCGUCGCUGCUCACCCGCCGUCCCGGCGACUUCCUGAAAUAUGCUGCAGAGGCACUGGAAAACGAUCUAGCACAAGAGGAACCUGAUUUUACAGCAGCGGCAGUGGCUGUGGCAGAGGCGGCAUCAGCAUCCGCGUCAGCGUCAGCGUCAGUGGGCGCUGGCGCAGAGAGGGGUGCGGGCGUGGGUGGGAGGAGGAUGAGGAUAGCGGAGAAGAUGACUGCGAGCAUGGCGGCGAAGAUGGUCUCCGCAUCUGAGGCUCGUCAGGCGCUCGCGUUGAAGCGCAGCAUGGCCAAGCACCAGUCGCCCAAGAGGGCCGCCGCCGCCAGGCAGAGGGGGAUGGUCAAGCAGUCAAGCUCCGUCUCCCACGCGAAGCCUGCAGGGAAAGCGGCGGCGCAGCCUUCUGGCAAGGUUGCGGGGAAUGCUGCUGGGAAGGCUGGUGGGGAGGCUACUGAGAGGGCUGCCAGGAUUCCUCAGCGCCAGGGGUCGUCGGGGACGGCUGCAGCAGCGGAUGCUAUUGUUCAGGCGGCUGCAAGCCGUGCAGCGGACGAGCUUCAGCGGCAGCGGUCGCAUGAUGGCGUCGUGGCUGCUGUGUCCGCUGCGGCAGCUGCAGCGAGCGUGGCGGCAGCAGCAGCGACGGCUGCAGGGAGUCCGCUUGCGCCGAAUGCGCAGCAGGCGCAUUUCCUCUUCAUGGACACCCUGCGCCAGCAUCGGGAUGGCGGGGUGCUAGCUGCAGGGGUGGGGGGUGCGCCGGAUGGGGCAGGGGCAGGCGCAGCAGAAGAGGACGGGGUUAGUGGUGAAAGUGGCGGGAUGGAGGGGAGUGAGCAGGGCUCGGUGGAGAGUGGGGAAGCACUAUCGUUUGCGGCUCCUGGAGGGAGGCUGAGUGACGGCGAAGUGGUGGGCGAGGGUGAGGGUGAAGUGGAGGGAGAGGACGAGGGCACGAGUGAGCGGGAGGGGGAGGUGACGCCGAGGAGGAAGCUGUGGGAAUGCUACAGGGACAACGCCGCUGCUGCCUCUGACACGUUUGAAGCAUCCACGUGCCAUGACAGCUCGAACGGCAGCACCACUGGCAGCAGCUCGGGGUCGGGAGAGGAGGUGAGCACUGCCGACCAGGACAGUGCUGAGAGCAAGGAGGAUGUGGAGACGGGACGGAUGGAGCUGAACGAGGUGGUUACGGAGGAGGAGGAAUGCCACGUGGCGGUUGAAGAAGAUGACUUGAGUGACCAGGAACGAGGUGAGGGGAUGGGGCAGGUGCAGGAGGAGGGGGGUGAUGUGGUGGGCAUUGAGGGUGCAGGUUGUGGGGAGACGAGCAGUGAGCAAGUUGAGGGCGGCGGGGAGGUUGAGGGGGAGGAGGAGGUUGAUGGCGGCGUGGGGGUGGAGCCUGGGGAGGAAACGGAGAGUGGAGAGAAAGUUGAGGGUGCGGAGGAAGUAGAAGAAGGGUGUGUGGAGGAGGAAGAAUUGGGCGAUGGUGCUGGAUGCGGGGCCGUCGCAUUCUCCCUGGUUCCGGUGGCAGGGGAGAGCAUAGCGGAGGAGGGUGAGGAGGAGCAGGGAGAGGGAGAGGGAGCGCAGGAGGAGAAUGUGCAAGACCAGGGAGCGGAAGCGGGAGACCAGGCUGUCGCAGAGGCUGAGCUCGUUCGGAAAUUGAACACGGCAACCGAGGAGGAGCUAAUGGAGAUGAAGGGUAUCGGUCCAAGGUUUGCAUCAAGAAUCCGUACCUUCCGCGAUACUCCGGGCGCAGGAGCCACUCCAUUUCAAGCAUUCACGGACCUCACUAGAGCAGGGAUCAGCUCCAAGCUG